AUGGCCGCUGGUUAUUCCGGCAAAGAAGUCGAUGCUCUGGAACACAAGAUCGACCGCAAUGUCAAAGCCUUCAUUAGCCUCAUCAACGACAAGUACACAUCCACACCUGGGAACUUGAAGCCUUUCGACUUGGCACGCAAGACACAGUUCUUCACUCUCGAUGUCAUCUCGGAUGUUGCUUACAGUGAGCCCUUUGGAUGUCUACCUACCGAUUCGGACGUCUUUGGAUACGUAGCCGCCAUAGAAGAGAGUCUGGGAGCUAUCAUGCUCGUCUCGACUAUGCCCAAGCUGAAAUGGAUCAUGGAUUCCAUAGUCAUGAGGAUGUUUAUGCCGUCCGACACAGACAAGAGAGGUUACGGCCGAGUUAUUGGAAUCUGCAAGGAGAAGGCUGCUGAGAGGUUCGGCCCAGAUCGGCAGGAACAAAGAGAUAUGCUAGGAUCCUUUGUCCGCCAUGGUCUCACGCAGCGCGAGGCUCAGUCCGAAACUCUUCUCCAGAUCCUUGCUGGCUCUGAAACAAGCGCGACGGCAAUACGCACUACGCUUCUCUACAUCAUCACCCACCCACCAGUCUACGCCAAGCUUCUAGCAGAAAUAGCAGACGUCUCUAAAACGACCCCUUCCCCAAUCCCAAACAAAGUCGCCCAAAAUCUCCCAUACCUCCAGGCUGUCAUCAAAGAAGGCCUCCGCGUCUACCCUCCGGUCGCCAGUGUUAUGACCAAAAUUACUCCACCUGAGGGAGACACCCACAACGGACUGCAUAUCCCCGGCGGCACGCGUAUCGGAUACAAUGCUUUUGGCCUGGCCAGAAACAAAGACGUUUGGGGCGAGGAUGCGGCGGUUUUCAGGCCCGAGAGAUGGUUUGAAGGCACUAGCGAAGAAAUCCGCGCGAAAGAAUCAGCGCUGGAUUUAGUGUUCGCUCACGGAAAGUUCAAGUGCCUUGGACAGAGCAUCGCUUACUUCGUCACUUCGACUUACAACUUCUUAACCCGACCACCAGUGUGA